AUGGAUCUCUACGCGAAGAUGCGCGCCAUGGGCGCUCCGCCCCCAGAGAUUGCCAUGGACGACGAGAUGCAGCAGCAGGAUUCGCUUCAGGAGAUUCAAGCAUCAAUCGUCCGCCCUCUGGUCGAGCCUAAGAUCGAGGAGCUCAUGUUGGAUGCAGCUGGCCCUCUCACUCCAGUCCAAGCGUCGCCCACUGCAGUGAAGGCUGGGUUCCCCAAGAAGCGGAAGGUCAGCAUGUGUACCAGUGUGUUCGCCAGCCCCGUCGUCUGCGGGGUCAGCAUACGUCACUCCGCCGCAACGGGCCAAGAUGGUGCCGAGUAUCUCCCCAAUGAUGUUGGAACUGUGCCAGAGGAUACGUUCGAGGCCAUCAAGUCUGGCUGGAAGGUCGGACCAGGAUGUGCGCUCCCAGAGCCGUCCAAGCCCGCGCCAUCAACCGCCGCCGCCGCCCACGAUCUCCAGGCGCCGGCGCCCGAGGAUCAGCUCACGGACCAGCCAUGCGAUGAUGCCCGUGCCGACGAAGCUCAUGCAGCUGGAGUCGCAGAUGACGGGCCUCGUGCUGCGCGGGGCGCUGACGCGGUGGCGGUCGAGGCGGACGUGCGUGAUGCUGGCAUCAAGGGAAAGACGUACAUCGUGCCCGACGACGUCAAGGAGCAGAUCUUGGCAGCGGUCGUGCCUGGUGACGUGGACGUGGCCUUGCGGAAGAAAUUGUACUCUGCAAUCUCACGGGCGCUCAGUCGCCCGAAUAUCCCGUCAGAGAUCGUGGCCAAGUGGGAGGCUGACUCCAAGAAGAACGCCAGCAAAUUCGCCUUUCUACAGGCGUAUGUGCAGGAUACGAGCUGCGCGGUCAUGGUCAUCCAGGAGAGGCACACCAGGACGAAGUCGGUCUACAGGGAGAAGACCAUGAUAUGGGCAACUAAGUUUCAAGUGUAUGCGAUGUACCAUGCCCACGCGAGUGAGGAGACGAUGCAGUUUUGCAACGACAUGCUGAAGCACGCCAAACAGAGGUGCAGCGAUGACGCCAAGCACAAGCGGGACAAGAGGUUCAACAUCUACUACGUUCCACUCGCCAACAUCGAGGUUGCUCGCCAGACCAGCGCGACUCUGACGGGCCACGUUGAUGAGAUGAAUGCUGGGAUGGCAGCAGAUAUGGUGAGGAGCUUAGGUCGAGGCAUCGAGAAGGAUGAGAAGCCCCACACCGAGAAUGACUCGGGCCCGACGCGGGCCAAAGCCAAGGCCAAGGCCAAGUCGGCUCCUAAGGCUGCCAAGAAGCCUGCCAACCUUUCCCCACGUUCUCUGACUACGGUGGUGAUCAACAAGUUGUCGGCGGACAUUUCGUCCAUCAACCGGGUGCUGAAGGCGCUGGAUACCUGCCAGAAUAAGUUCAAGCAGUCGGUGAUUGAUGCGAUCAAGAUCAGCGAGCCCAAGGUGACGUCUGCUCUUGCUACCUUCCACGAGCUGCUGCAAGGCGACCGACCAACCUUGUCGGACGUGGUCGAGAAGUUCCACUCCAUCAAAGGUGAUUCUGAUUCACUCAGCGAGGACUUGCUAGAGGCCCGGAGGAUCCUCGGCGAGAACAUCAAGAAGCCGACGUCUGUCUUUGACGGGCAGCUCGAGGCCAAGAUGAGGGCUGCGGAGGCGCAGCUCGACACGGCGGAUGGCGUCGACGCCGCUGCCGACCUCCAUGCCACGGAUGGCAAGAUCGGCACGCUGAGCGAGCGCUGCACAGAUGGGUAUCAAGACAACCCUGGCGCGAGUUGCUCCCGCAGGUUUUUGAGUUUCAAGUCGCUGCUUCCAGUGAUGGCGUUCAUGAAACAGUUCGUACGCACCAUGCCUUUUUACCUCAUGAGACGUUCGCGAGUUUGCACAAGCAGCAGCCAGCCGCCAGCCCUGGGGGCGCCGCUGUGCAGGGACUUCCAGUUCACUCGCCUCAGUGACUACACCAUCGACAGGUACGAGAGGCCAGCGCUGGGCUGCUGGAUAUGCUCUACAAGCACCAAGAUGAACAAGCCCGGCCUCGCCCAAUUCACUUUGGAUUCGCCUGAUGCCCUGAUCCAAUCCAACAUCAAGAAGCACGUGAGCUCCCAGAUUCACAAGGAGCUGAGCAGCGUCGUCGUUGGCACCAUCGCAUCUGGGAAGACGCCUGCAUUGCGGGCUCUAUUGCGCUCCUUCUUCAAGAACAAGACAGCGUCUUCUAUUCUGCAAGACACUACGGAGGAGGUCCUGCUCAUGCGCAUCAGGGGCUGCGAUAAGAACAUCAACGUGAUGAGCGGUAUCGUCGGUGUAUGUGAUUUGACAAAGCCGCCGUUCAACGGCAGAGCGACUGGCAUCCGGGACGCUUCCCUGCACGUCCUUCGGGAGUUUUGCACGCCACUUCGGGACCCGCCGUUUUCGAAGAAGCACGGCAAAUUCGACCAGAAGCUGUUCAAGAGCGUGUGCGAGUCCGUGCAGAUGUAUACAGCUGACUCUGCAGCGCCGGAGCAAGUGGCUGGCAAGUUCUUGAAGGACGCCGGGCGGGCCCAGGCAGCUGGGUGCAUUUCUCGCGACGUGCUCCCUAACUUGAAAAAGGUUGCGCAGGACAAGCCCCACGGCGUCCGGAGGGUGUGCUCGAGGGCAUGGGCUGCAGACCAGUACCUGAGCGACACGGCGGACAUCAUGAUCCUCGCGAAAGGUUCGAUCACGACCCUGAUACAGAACUCCCCGACGUUCAAGGGAUGGUUUCAGCAACGCAAUGAGAAGUUGGAUCACUGCCCGUUCCAGGCCAACAGGAUCCGCGACCUGAGCUUCGCAAAGCAUCGCUUCAAUUCGACGCAGAAGCCUUUCGGGCGACACGUCCUGAUGUUCAAGAGCGUGAUUGCGACGGCAACCCAGAUAGCUACCUCUCGCGUGGGCAAGCAGGAGAGCAAGCUGGCCUCGGCGUACUUGUCCUUUCUGGACGUGGAGCGCGCAGUCACGUUGGCUCUCCUGGCAGAUGCGGGGGACGAGUGCAACAUGCUCAUCCGCGUCAUGGACACCGAGCGCAUGGACGUCUCUGCUGUUUCCAUGAACUUGCGCGCCUUCCUCAGCAGGAUCCAUGCUCUCUUCGUUGAUGAACAUUGUUGGAAGCUCGGCUACACGCAGUACAUGGUGCAGCAACUUCAGGAGCCCGUGCUCCUCCUCGCAAUGGAUGGUCAGAAGACGCUGGGAUGCGCGGCCGGCGUCCCCGUCGACGUCAAGAGGAGGUGCGUGCAACGGAUGGCUAAUUGGGUCCACUUGGCCCGCGAGACCAUACGUGCAGAAAUUCCAGAGUUCGAGAUCAUCUACGCGAUGAGGGCAUUCAAUCUCGGCGAGCUAUCGCAGUCCCUCGGCGCGCCCGCACAGGGUUCGCAGCAUGACCUAGGGAAUCAGACUAUGUCCCAAUUGCGAGCAAGUUGCGACAGCUUGGCCGAAUUCGUCUGCGUGAACCCGACCGCACUGUUCAGCCAGCUCAACGACGUGAGGCCGAUAGCGCAGCAGAUGCUGAUAGACCCGUCUUGUACUGGUACUAUCGCCGCGUGGGCGAUGGCGGUUGCCGAGUGUCAGAAAGACGCCCGAACCGCGAAGCUCCACCCGGUGGGGGCGUUGAGGCCAGUACUGAUGACCUUCGGCGCCUACGGCCCGAGCACUAGCGGCCUUGAGCAGAACUUCUCGCAGAUCCUCAACCUCGCUGGCGCGAAUCGGCCAGACAAGUGGGGGGGCUACAUACAGGACGAGCUCGUGAUCAAGCAGCCGUGGAGCAAGGACCACAUCGAUCGAGCGGCGGCGCUGGCGCCCAAGAUCUGGGCAAAGAUUUACGGACCGGUUCGCAGGCCAAGAGUGCGCGUCCGCAUGGAUUUACACAAGGAAGCCCCCGCAAGGGCGCGCGACGUCAACACUGAGACGUCCUGGAUUCGGGGCAGGCGCGCCGACGUUCAGGGCGUUGUUUCCCAGACACGGCCAGUCGACCUGAUGGGCGCCCCGGGCACGCGGACCGUCGGGGUUGACGGAUGGACCGCCGACCACGAGAAGGAGGAGCUCGGGGCGGCGCUGCAGACGUGGGAGGCCAUGGUGACCAGCUACAACAAGAAGGCGCAGAAACUUGGCGAGGCACAGAUUGCGGGCGACUUUCUUGCCUCGGCAUUGGAGGCAAAGGUGCCCGAGGAGCUGGAGAAACACUUGCAGCUCAACGCGUCCAGGCUGAAGAAGUACGCCGACGUGCGUGCCGAGGUAGCGCAGUGCUACGAAACCAGAACGGGAAAGCAGGUAAGGAUCAGCGUGCGAGAUCGCAUGCCGACUGCCAACGCGGAUACCGGGGUCAAGCCCAUGGACGUCGACUCUCUUGCUUGGAAGGGCAAGGGCGACUCCAAGGGAAGCAAAGGUAAGGGCAAAGGCAAAGGCACUGACGGCAAGGGCAAGGCCCAAGUGGGCAAAGCUGACAGCUCCAGACCUGCUCCGUUCGAAGGGUACUGCAACAACUGGUGGUGUGGCAAGUGGGGCCACAAGGCCAAGGACUGCCGCGCGAAAAAGCCUGCUGGCCCGAAGGGCCAGGCGAAGCCCGCAGCCGAGGCGAAGGGCAAGGGCAAGGGCAAGCACGCAGGCCCCCUGGACACAGAGCACGAGGGCGACGGCGAGCCGGAAGGCGAGCAGGGAGCGCUGGACAUGGGGGCUCUGGACACGAAGUUCCCAGCCAGCCACUGCGCUGACGGCUACCUGAAGUUCAACCUGGACACAGGGGCCGCCGUUGCGGCGCACCCGCAGAAGCGGUUCGAGGGCCGCGAGGGGAAGCACGAGGACGGCAGCCACAAGGGCUACGUCACGGCGAGCGGGGAGAGGAUCUCCGACUACGGAGGCGUCAAGCUGCAGUGCACUGAUGAGAACUCGAUGGUGCGGAACUUCACGGGUCGGCUCACAGACGUGCACAAGGUUCUGGCCUCUGCCUCGCAAGUGGCUCGGGCAGGGCAGCUGCUCGCGCUGGAGGAAGGCGGGGGUUGCGUCAUCCCUCGCGACGGCAUCGUCGGCAGGAAGCUCAAGCAGGAGCUGAGCAGGUUGGUGCAGAAGCACGGCCACGAGACCCUCCUGCCGGUGUACGAGGAGAGAGGCGCGUACAACUACCAGACGGAGGUCGCCGGGCUCGAGGUGCCGGCCGCAGAGGCGGUCGGGGCACCAGGCGUGCCAGACGACGAGGCGGCGGACGAGCAGCAGGGCGCAGACCCCGUCAUUUCUUCUGACUACGCGUACAUGAAUGAUGAUGGGGACGAGAGCGCCACAAUGCCCAUGCUUGUCAUGAGAGACAGACCGACGAAGUGUUACAUGGCGACUGCAAUCCCGAGCAAGGGAGUUGAUCCUUACGCGGUGAGAUUACUUGCUGGGUGUGUCAAAGAGCUUGGAUGGGCACGGCACGUAUCCAAGUCAGACAACGAGGCAAGCCUAGUGGCGAUGAAGGCGGCUGCAGGCGACGCGUUGCCUCGUGUGGAAAUGGUGCCACAGGAGAGUCCUGUCGGCGACCAUCAGGCCAACGGAGAGGCCGAAGCUGCUGCGCGGGAGGUCAAGCGGACGAUGAGGUCCUUGAAGGAGGCGCUGGAGGAGAGACUCCAGAAGCGCUUGCCUCGGACGCAUGACGUCUGGACGUGGCUUCCCAGGCACGCGGCCGCCUGCCUGUCGAGGUGCAGGGUGGGCGCCGACGGCCGGACGGCCGAGCAGAGGAGAACCGGGAGGCGCUGGAACAAGGCCCUGAUUGAGUUCGGGGAGCGCAUCCACGCCCGGUUGGCGCAGGAAGAGCCGAGCUCCGGCUUUGCGCCCAAGAUGGUCGAGGGCAUCUACGUCGGGCACCACGCGCUCACCGGCAGCUUGAUGGCGAUGACGGCAGCCGGAGUGGUGCGAGCCAAGACCUUCAACAAGAUGACGGUCGAGGAGCGCUGGAAGGCGGACUUCUUCGACGACCUCAAGGGCAAGCCUUGGGACAUGGCGCCGGGCGCGUACGGGUCUGCGCGGCGUGCGGGCGCGUCGCUAUAG